AUGUUAAAGAACUCUCUUCAGAAGAAUUCUCAGAUUGACAUAUUAUCAACGUCCAAACAUACUCUUAAUAGUACAGGUUCAAUUUUUUCUAAAGAGGUCAAGAAGACUGAUGAAAACAAAGUUCAAGUCAAUUUAACAACUAAUGCAAUAAACAGCGAGAAAAUACAAAUGUCAGCUGAGGAUUUUAGUAAGUUUGUGAACAUAUAUCAAAUAAUGGACAAUAGCAAAAAAUGGGCAUUGACAACAGGAAAAAUUGUUGAAGACGAAUUAUACAAAUUUGACAUGAGAUAUAACAGAAGUCUCAUUAAUGAAAAGGUCUUUACCAAAUCUGAGCUCGAGAAAAUUCAUAUGCAUAAACAGAAAUUACUUCUGGAUAUGCCUCAAGAUUUAUUGUUGUAUCUUAAUAGAGUGUUUGAAAAUAUAGAAGGUGUAGAAGUGGAAAGGAAGAUUAUGGGUAGAAGAGGAGAUUUGAUAAUUCAUCGCAAUUCUAUGGAGUUUGGCUACGGGAAAGCGAGAAACUUAUUUAAAUGUAAUAAUAGGACAAAAAUUUUACAUGAUAGAGGAUUAAAAAUACCAAAAAUGAUGAAGGAUCAAUUCAAUGACUUAUGUACUCAUGUGAAAUCAAGAGAAAAAAUUGUCAGAAAUCUAAUGACUAUUGGUUUUAUACAUUCAGGGCUUUCUGUACUUCUGUUCACAUUAGACUCUCCUGCAGGGUAUAUUUGUCGAAUAUCUCAUUCUAAAAAGCUAACUGUUCUAUUAACUGUCGAUGAGUUUAGUACAAGAGCUCUUCCUACGAUCAUACUUACGUGA